AUGCGUCUAAUCUCAUUGGUGCGACGCACCGGAGGAUACCGCCACUGCAAUGACAGCAAAGUCCUUCCUAGAAAACACUGCCCCACGGUCGAACACUUCGGCAAGGAGCUACAACUUCGCGCACUCGACACAACCGGAUCCAACCAACUCGCUCAUGCCAGGACAGACAUCAAAACUAACCUGCAGGAGACUGGGGAUGUAAGGAGUUGGCUGGAAUUUAAGACAAGGGUACCUUUUCAAAAGGCCACAGAAGCACAAAAGGCGCCGCAGGCCGCAGUAAAAAUGCUAGAGGAAAUCCGUAAGACCCUAGCCCAGUCGAAAAAGGAAGGCAAAACCACACAAGAGUUAGGGACACUGAAACAAAUAUCAACUCAAAAUAAAUCUGACACAAAUCAGAACCUCAAUCACAACCAACAGUUGCAAGAACCUGGAGCCCCUAACGGAGCACCUGGAGGCAUUGCACUUGUAGUAAUCCGAGACGUCCUCUCUUAUCACACAGACGCCGAGAUAGCG